UUUGGAAGUUGUUUUCCAUUUCAUUGAAUCAUCAGACUGUCGGGAUCUCCAGAAAAAUGAAAGCAAGCGUUUUCGUUCUGCUGCUCCUCCUGGAGACACGCUCAGUUUACACUUAUGAGAACGUGGCCUUGCGUGGAAAGGCGACCCAGUCAGACCGCUAUGAGCACACGUUUUCAGCUGCCUACAAUGCUAUUGAUGGAAACCGUAACUCCGAAUUCCAUGCGGGAUCGUGCACCCACACUGAUGAAAAGACCGACCCCUGGUGGAGAGUGGACCUGCUGAAGUCCUACAUCGUCACCUCCAUCAUCAUCACCAACAGAGGAGACUGCUGCGCCCAAAGGCUCAACGGAGCAGAGAUUUACAUCGACAACUCUUCACAUGACGAUGGUCCCACCAACCCGAUGGCUGGCAAAAUUGCUAAAAUUGGUUCAGGUGAUUCGUUCACUCUGACUUUCACUGAACGUGUGGAGGGGCGUUACGUGACUGUGCUUGUCCGGGGCUCAAAUAGAAUCCUCACACUCUGUGAAGUGGAAGUCUACGGGUACCCCGCCCCGACUGGAGAGAACCUGGCACUCGGUGGAAAAGCCUCACAGUCGUCUCUGUAUGACUUUGGCGCUGCAUAUAACGCCAUCGAUGGGAAUCCUGACGGCAAGUGGGAGGACGGCUCCUGCACUCACACCAAAAACGACGUCAACCCCUGGUGGCGACUGGAUCUGCGCAAAACCCACAAAGUGUUUUCGGUCAAAAUAACCAACCGAGAGGAAGACUCAGAACGACUCAACGGAGCCGAGAUCCGCAUCGGAGAUUCUCUGGCAAACUACGGCAACGACAACGCCAGGUGUGCUGAGAUCACAAGUAUCCCAGCAGGUGGUGUCGCUGAGUUCAAGUGUGAAGGGAUGGACGGUCGUUACGUCAACAUAGUCAUCCCAAGAGAAGAGUUUCUGAGUCUGUGUGAGGUGGAGGUGUAUGGCUCUCCCCUGGUUUUGGAAGUUUUUUCCAUUUCAUUGAAUCAUCAGACUCUCGGGAUCUCCAGAAAAAUGAAAGCAAGCGUUUUCGUUCUGCUGCUCCUCCUGGAGACACGCUCAGCUUACACUUAUGAGAACGUGGCCUUGCGUGGAAAGGCGACCCAGUCAGACCGCGCUGAGUACAUGUUCUCAGCUGCCUACAAUGCUAUUGAUGGAAACCGUAACUCCGAAUUCGCUGCGGGAUCGUGCACCCACACUGAUGAACAGACCAACCCCUGGUGGAGAGUGGACCUGCUGAAGUCCUACAUCGUCACCUCCGUCAUCAUCACCAACAGAGGAGACGACUGCUGCACUGAAAGGCUCAACGGAGCAGAGAUUUACAUCGGCAACUCUCUACAGAGUGAGGGUACCACAAACAGGAUGGCUGGCAAAAUUGCUACACUUGGUUCAAGCAAUACGUUCACUCUGACUUUCACUGAACAUGUGGAGGGGCGUUACGUGACUGUGCUUGUCCCGGGUUCAAAUAGAAUCCUCACACUCUGUGAAGUGGAAGUCUACGGGUACCCCGCCCCGACUGGAGAGAACCUGGCACUCGGUGGAAAAGCCUCACAGUCGUCUCUGUAUAACUUUGGCGCUGCAUAUAACGCCAUCGAUGGGAAUCCUGACGGCAAGUGGGAGGACGGCUCCUGCACUCACACCAAAAACGACGUCAACCCCUGGUGGCGACUGGAUCUGCGCAAAACCCACAAAGUGUUUUCGGUCAAAAUAACCAACCGAGAGGAAGAAUCACAACGACUCAACGGAGCCGAGAUCCGCAUCGGAGAUUCUCUGGCAAACUACGGCAACGACAACGCCAGGUGUGCUGAGAUCACAAGUAUCCCAGCAGGUGGUGUCGCUGAGUUCAAGUGUGAAGGGAUGGACGGUCGUUACGUCAACAUAGUCAUCCCAAGAGAAGAGUAUCUGACUCUGUGUGAGGUGGAGGUGUAUGGCUCUCCCCUGGAUUAGAGAUGAAGAAGUUCACGAUACACAACAAUAAUCAAAAAUAAAUUCUUUUGAAAACUA